AUGAAUCUUAAACUAAAUUCUAGUAAUCUUCCUUCUUCUUUUAACAAUUUAAUUAUUGAAACAAAUAACGAAGUAACCAAAAUACGUUCAAAUCUAGUAGAUUUAUCCAGUAUAGGUAAGUGGAUGGAAGAAUUUUCAAUUCUUACAGCCACUAAGUGGAACGUUCGAUCAUCAGUUCCAAAGGGAAAAUACAUUCAAUGCAAAAAAAAUUUUGUGUGCCAUCAUAGUUCGUAUCACAAGGUCAAUAAAGAUAGUAACAAAAGAGGACUGUCUAAAAACACAAGUUGCAAAGCUCAAGUGAAAUUUGUGAUUAAAGUAGAUACUGUAUCUACAAGAAAAACUGAUCCAUUUGUGAAAGUAAGAUAUCUGUAUUCUGUGUAA